UCGGUUCUUCAAAAAUGGAGCUCGAAGACGUGGACGUCGUUCAAAUCCUCAUCGUUUCUGUGCUAAUAUUUCUGCCGCUCCUUUAUGAGUUGAGCAGCACGUUCAAGUACUAUGCCAAGAUGUGGCUUCUGUACGUUAUUCUGGCCUUUGGGUCGCUUCUUACAAUCAUUCUGGGGCUGCAUAGGUGGCGCGACCCAGAAAAUGCGAAAUUGAUUUGCUGGAUUCUGUCCUACACAUCCAAGCUCUUUGGCAUCCGGGCGGAGAUACGGGGCUCAGAGAAUCUAAGGCUUGACAAACCUUGUGUGGUGGUGGCCAACCAUCAGUCAUCGCUGGACUUAUUUGGAAUGUACAUGAACGGUGUGUGGCCAGACAGGUGCGUCCCCUUGGCAAAGAAAGAGCUUCGGAUGGUUCCAUUCUAUGGCUGGGUGGCGUGGCUGACGGGGGCCAUCUUCAUCGACAGACUGAAUCCAGAGAGUGCCAAGGGAACGAUCGACGCCACUGUCAAGGUCCUGAGGGAACAGAACCUGAAAGUCUGGGUUUUCCCAGAGGGAACAAGAAACCACGAUGCCGGCCUGCUGCCAUUCAAGAAAGGUGCCUUCCAUUUAGCAAUCACAGCUCAGGUGCCAGUGUGUCCAGUUGUUUUUUCAUCAUACUCAGAAUUUUACAGCAAAAAAGAAAAACGUUUUGGAACUGGAAAGUUUACGAUCACAGUCCUGCCUCCAAUCAUGACAGACGGGAAAACGACAGAGGAUGUCACAGAACUGACCGAACAAGUGCGGAAACAGAUGCUGAACGUGUACAAUGAGAGCUCUAUGCAGAGACUAGAGAGCAAUGGGGUCAAUUGAUCUGGGGUCACGACCCUUCAACCUCCACCUUUUAACAGCCAUCUUGGUCUUUUUCCCUGAAUGCUUGUCCGUCAAUUCCUGAUUCAACUUGGGCACCAGUCUUUUUUUUGCAUGGAGCUGGAUCUAAUACCCCAGGGCUGCGUAUAAAGUCCACACCUUCUGUUUGCAACCAAUAAAGAUGUGGACCUAGCUUUAGGCACAAGAUUGCCCACAGCCUCCUUUCCGGGAACAACUACUUCCCCAGCUGGUAAUUUUGGAAGGUCACCACUGUUAUAAGUUCAUACAUUUCUUGGCCUGUGGACGAGACACAAGAUCUUUCUAAUGUGGAAUGCUCUUGGAUGUUCUUGGAAAUCACAAUCAAGUGAAAUGUGAAGCUUGCAUUGUCUCUGAAGUCAACUUCCACAAAUAAAUGUCCUCAUUCUGGGCGUCACUGACUAGUCUCGUUUGGCCUGACUGAUACAGCAACCAUGGAUGGCAGCCAUUUUGAACAUGAGAAACUUUAUGAAUGGUUUUGCCUAACGUCUAUGAGACAUGGAAGUAAUUUUUGGUACAGGAAUAUAUCAACACAAUGUUGCUACUGCUCUCUUUGGAUGGGAUAGCGAUUUGAUCAACGAUUCAACAAUUAAUCUCAACGUUCAAGGUUCAGCUGUAUCAGCAAAAGAGAGAGGAUGGUAGUUUUUAAUUCACCAUCUCUAUUUUCAACGACAAAUAUUGAUCAGGAGUUAGUUUGCUCUCUUCUAGCAGCUGCAGUGUCACAGGGAACCGAUGAUUGAUCUUUGGAAUUGGGAUAGACAAGUCCAAACCACAAAAAUAUUUGUGUCUCAGCUUUGCAACGGAAGUCACAAGUUGUCAGAAUGUUUGAAUACCUGGCCUUUGCAUAUAUGUCCUGUACAUUGGAAAUCAAUAGGAAUCUUGAACAUUAUCACUAGUCUUGGUUUCAAGACCUUCCUGUUGAUUUCGCAACAGGAACCAUCACCAGACAAAUCGCUAAAACAGGAAGCUUGUACUCCUCAAAAGAGGGUGCUGUCACGGUGAAUCGCAUUAUGAAUCGCACUGCACAUGUAUUGGAUCGCAGCAUUGCGAAAGGCAUCCUGGACCCAAGACUAUAUUAUCACCUACAUACAGUCUGCAUUUAUUAGGAGGUCAGACUGAGUGAUGCCAAAGUAAGGAGGCCAAGCCGUUACUUUUACUGCAUGUAGAAACAAAUAAAAAAUAAGUUGCUCUGACUUUUUCUGUGGAAUCUGUUUGCAUUUCCGAUGGAGUUGAAUUUUUGUCCAGUGAUCUUAAUGCAUUUGGUGCACAAACUCAAGAGGGCGCUCUGUAGCCUAGAGUGAUGAGGGUAAAUGUCACCAGUGCACAUGCACUUUGCUGUCAUUUAAACUGAAGAGUGAGUACAGACUAGCAUGGAAGGUUGAAUUCAACCUAAGGCCGUUUUUCAACUUGGGCUCUGUCUCAGGCUUCAACUUGUUGUUUCCCUGACUUUGAGAUUAUAAGCUCAAUAGUGAGUCUGAUAGUGCCACAAAAGAUCUAGUAAAGAUGCAAAAGAGCCAAGCAUUACAAUAUUUCAAUUUAAGUUAAAUGC